AUGGACACAAGAAUCAAGUCUGUUUCCUUCCUCAUUCUUGUUCUUGUUGCUUCCUUGUGUACCUCUUUGCUUCCUCUAUCAGAAGCCAGACCACUGUCUAUUUAUUCACCAAGCAAAGACGGUGCUAUCAGAGAGGUGAAUGGAGUCUUCAGAACAUUGAAGAGCUCUGGUCCAAGCCCUGGUAUUGGACACAAACUUAACAAGCUUCAAAAUCUUGGAGGGAUGAAAGACUCUGGUCCUACUCCAGGAAAUAGUGUUCCAUACGUGCACUCCAAAUUGCAUAUACAAAAUGGAAAUUUGGGGACUCAUGGCAAAUGGAGUAAGGUUUUGAACUUAAGCCUCGUUCAUGUGCUAGAUAUCAUGACUGGAAAACUCCAAUUCUUGUCCUUCAUUGUUAUUAUUGUGUGGUGCUCUUCCUGGUUGAACAUCCAACAUGCGAUCGCACGACCACUUAACACUCUACUGCUGCAUGGAGAUGCUGAUCAAGAACCAAGGAGAACCACUUUGGAGUUGUCACACACAGUUCUGAGAAGCUUCAGUGUGGGAGAUAAAGAGAAGGACAUAGUAAUUGACAACAGUGGUCCAAGCCCCAAGGGACCAGGGCAUGAUGAGGCACUACCUUUCUUCUACUCUCAACCCAACAAUUAA